UUUUUUUCAAUUGCUGGUUUCAUUUCGUGUGUCAUAUGUUAUCCGUAAAUUGACUUCAAUUUCGUAAAAUUUGUGCUGAGAGAAUAGUUUGCAAAGUUAACUUGACAUAAUGACAUGAAAUUAGUGUUAGCUUGGAUUUUGAUGCGUAAGGUUUAAGUCGGUCUGAGCAUAAAAUUUCCGGGGUGAAGAUUAAUGUAUCUGUAAAUGUGAUUUUGAGCUGACAAUUAGAGUGAUUUAAUUAGGUGGGGGGCCACCACUUGUGGAACCACUGUUUAUGCCUCACUGCAAAUGGAACCUGUUGGAUUUAUACUCUUGUUGAGAUAUGAAUGUUGUUGCUACAUGGUCAUGUGUUUUAGUCUGUGAUUUGGAAGUGGUGUGUAUUUUUUUGUGUUUUAGAUUUUUGGUAGUUUAGCAAUUAUGUUUCUGAUAUUCCUAAAAGAAUUAUUUUGAUAUGCUGGUUGUAUUACAUGGGUGUUUGCAGUUUAUAUGAUGCACAUCAGGGAUGGUAGGGUAAGUGGGUAUUUUCGGUCAUGUACAGGCGUGGUAAUAGGUAAAGAUUCUGGAUAUGUGACAUUUAGGGUAGUAGUGUAUCACAAUUUUGAUAGAAUCUGUGGAAUUACUGCUCGUUCCUACCAUUUCUUCCCGUGGAAGAAUCGGCCUUGCCAUCAAGGCUGAAUGUAGGAAAUUGGCUUUUGAGAUAUUCUUCUUCCAACGUUGCAUCCUCACCUGGCACUCUGGCAUUCCUUUUCCAUUACACCCAAUGUUGUCAAAAGCACGCCUGUGGCGCAUGACUUGGAGGAGGAAGAGAGAAGAACAUGGCCUUGAACAAACUGUCUGUUGAUGUCGCAGCGGGAAGAGAAACGAGCAGCGACUAGGGUUGAAUUUCUGUGAUGUUGAAUUUGCUAAUGGGAUAUUUAUUUCUUUGUAAUAGAUCUAGUUAAGAAAUUGUGGUUUCCGCACACGAUUUUCACAUAAGGAAAAAAUUAAAGGGAUCUUCGAUAUCACGUGCUCUCUGUUGUUGAUCACCGGCAAUGGGACCCACUAAGCACGUGUAUGUAUGUAAAUAGGCUUCAAAUAAGUAAUGGACCUGUGGUGUAUUCCAAUUCUAGAGCCCAAUUAUUAACCAAUAGUUAAAAUGAAGAUCAAUUUGUGGGGUUCGUAGCCUGUGCCCCAAAUUUUUACCCAAUUGCCCGGGUGCGCCUUCGCUCCGGAUAUCACUGAUUGCACCAGAGCUACUCCACUGUUUUUACCUCUUUUGAGAUCUCAAAUUGUUAAGAUUCUUGCAUAUCUUUGGGAAGCUCAGCUGUUUACAGUCCCUGCCAAAAGUUACUGAUAGAUAGAUAUUUAUCACUGUUCCCGAGAAAGAUUCUCAGUCAGUCUCCUAUUAGUUCUUUAGUUAAUCUGAGGGUUUCCUGGUUUGAGAAGAACCUAAUUCCUUUAAUAGAAGAGUUCUCUUCAACAAUUUUUUAAAAAUUUUUGUCUGCUUCCUGGAAUGCUUUUAUUUAGAUUGUCAAUCAUCAAAGGGCUUGAAAUUUUUGUCUUCUCGGCUUCUCCACACUUGAAAGAGCUUGAAAAUUUUGUCUAUCUUCAGGAAUUGCCAAGAAUUGCUUCAUACUUUAACACGCACUGUAAUUCUCCUUCUCCAAGCCUUCACUUUCAAAAUAUGUGACCUGGCAGAAGCAUGUACACAUGGCUAUUGGUUCCCGUCGCUAUUGACAUUGGAAGUUGUAUCGUUGCAUUCACAAAGAAAGAGAAUUUGUGCUUGUACGGGUUUCCAAAUGAGCAAUGGGAGGUCAAUUUACCUGCUGAAGAAGUACCUCCGGAACUCCCUGAGCCUGCAUUGGGAAUCAACUUUGCUAGGGAUGGGAUGCAAGAAAAGGACUGGCUUUCUCUAGUUGCAGUCCACAGUGACGCAUGGCUACUUUCUGUUGCCUUCUACUUUGGUGCUAGAUUUGGAUUCGAUAAAGCUGACAGGAAGCGGCUUUUUAACAUGAUCAAUGAUGUCCCUACUGUGUUCGAAGUUGUGACAGGUGCUGCCAAGAAACACCAGAAAGAAAAAACUCUAAACAAUAGCAGCAACAAGUCGAAAUCCAACUCCAAACCGCGAAUGAUUGAAAGUACUCAGCCAAAGUUCUCACAUCCACAGCCAAAGGACGAAGACCCAAAAGAUGACGAUGAGGUACUAGACGAGGAAGACGAUGAUGAGCAUGGGGAGACACUAUGCGGCGCCUGUGGAGAUAACUAUGCAUCAGACGAAUUCUGGAUCUGCUGCGACAUAUGUGAGAAGUGGUUUCAUGGCAAAUGCGUGAAGAUCACCCCUGCCAGAGCCGAGCACAUCAAGCAGUACAAGUGUCCUUCGUGCAGCAACAAGAGAGCCCGUCAGUAGCCUUAGCGUAGACUGCGAACCCUUAGAGGUCUGUACCUCUUCCAAGACUAGUCGAUUUAUCCCAUUCCUUGUUCUAAGUUAUCAACCUGUGAAUGUGCACUUUCUGAUUGGGGGAUUUUGUUUAUUCGUAUAAUAAUUAUUUGUAUUAGGAUUAAGGCUUAACUUUAUUUCUCUCUUAUAGAAUUUCAACUUUUUUCUCA